GAUAAUAAUUAACAUAUUACAGAGAUAGUUACUAGAUAUACACUACAUAUGACCUAUAAUACAGAGAACAUGUUGGUGAUGACGGUCACAACCUUCAUCACCUCCACCAUCCUCACUACCUACUCCAACCCGGUUGCUGCAGCGACGUCCGCGCUGCAGCCUCAGCUAGCGGAGAUCCACAGGCUUCCUAAGACCCUGCAGGAGGUUUUGUCCCGGGGGUUAACAGGUUCUGACCCCCACGGGCCCGAACACGAGGGGGGCUUCAAGGUGGUGAUGGGGCAACCUCGUCCAGGAGAGUCCCCAAUCUACUAUAUCAAGCUGCCCCCCACCCCCCGUUUCUACUCCUACUCUCCUCCAUACAAGAACAGGAUCGGCAAACAGAUCCCCAUGAACUUCACCAUCAACGGUAAGCCUAAGAAAGUUUACCAUUGGAACUUGCCGUACCGCAAGAAAGUUGCCGAGUAUCGUCGUCUGCUGAGUGCGCCGUUCCACCCCUUCAACCACCGAUCUUCUGCCGACACUUUCGGUACUUUCAUCACUAAGCAAGAGUUGGCCGUACCUAAGCCCAUCACGGACCUGGCUUUGCCUUCACUAAACACUAAUCCAAUUAGGAACACUGAGCUCAAGACUGAUGACUCUGAAGACAAUGUUGAAACAAAGAUAUUUGAAUCUAGAAAUGUGCGGAGGAAGUUAAACAGUGACGUCAUCGUUGAACACGAGAUUGGCGAAAAAGAGUCAAAAAAAUUAUUAGCAACUGAAACGAGUGCGACAAAUACUGCAGGUGGUCAUAGUAGCCCACAAACUGAUCUUAAAACACCUGCAGUCAGUAUAGACAAGCAGGGCAGGGACAUCGAAAAGCCUCCGAGUAUCAAUGGUGAGGUUGAAACUCGUUUUCAAACACCACUCACUCACGCCAUCUACAAAACUGGAGGCGGAAAUUGUGGCUUCCCGUAG